CGGAAACGGUCUCGCGAAUCUCCAGAUGUCGAGAGCUCCCUUCAUGGGAGUCGCUUAGAGGAGACACGUAUGGAGUCUUCGAGUACAGCUCUUGAAAGAAUAGAGAGCGAAGAGCGAACCCACAAGCAUGCUAAUAUACCACCUCCGACAUGGGAAUCGCAUGAGCCAUUAGAGAUCAUUGCUGAAUUGAACUCAGCUGACAAGUCUGAAGAGAAAGAAUCGUCGGGAUUAGCAGAAACGGGAGCAAGCGGGGUAUCGAAGGCAAGAAGAAGGUGGAAGCCUAAGUUUUCGAAAGCCUCUCAAGAGACAAAUUCGGAAUUUGAACACAAGUCGAACUAUGUCGGAAACCCCACUAUUUUGUUGCAACUUCGAAUUAUUUUCAUAAAUUGGAUUAACAUCCUUUUACCACUUAUACCGGCUGGCUUUGCUGUCAAUUACACCCAUCAAAAUGCAGUCAUAGUAUUCUGCAUUAACUUUGUCGCUAUUAUUCCGUCCGCAUUCGCGCUUGGUUUUGCGACAGAGGAAUUAUCGAUGCGAGUUGGAGAGAAAAUGGGAGCACUUCUGAACAUGACAUUUGGCAAUGCCAUUCAACUCAUCACCUCCAUCCUACUCCUCAAAACCCGCCAGAUUGACGUCCUCAAGUCGUCUCUCCUCGGCAGCAUACUGUCGAAUUUACUCCUGACCACCGGUCUGAGUUUCUUCCUUGGUGGCCUGAAUCGUAUACAGCAGUACUUUAACGUCACACUAGCCUUAACAGUCGGCAUGCUCCUCUUAUUGGCGGUGUUAAGUUUAUUAAUCCCCACGGCUUCGAAGCUCAUGAACGACAACAUCACUACUGAUGACAUUGCGGCUCAAUCUCGAGGCACAUCGUUCGUCCUUCUGUUCUCGUACGCACUCUGGCUAGUGUUUCAACUACGGACACACAAUGAAGUAUUUAACGAGCCAUCACAGAAAGUCCCGAAAAAAAAGCCCACGAAAGUGGAAGAAGGGCAAGUUAUCAGGGGCCUCGCGCAAAUGGGGGGCGCCACUGCUGCCUCGAGUGGAGGCGGGAUCCAUGGAGCACGGCUGGUCCGUACACGUGCUGAGGAAGAGGAAGAACCCGACGAAGUCGAAGUGCCCAGUCUCAGCUUGCUAGGUGCCAUUUUCACCCUCACCAUCUCUGUCGUUCUUAUAGCCUUCAACACGCAAUUCGCAACCGACAGCAUCCAAGGCCUUCUCCAACACCGCCACAUCUCACAAACCUUUCUUGGCUUGGUCAUCCUCCCGCUCCUAAGUAUCGAUCCGACAUCCAUCGCCGUGGCCAUCAAAGACAAAAUGGAUAUUAGCAUUGCGCUCACGCUUGAGCGGUGCAUGCAAACUGCGCUCAUGAUCGUCCCGCUCAUUGUUCUCUUAGCAUGGUGCAUGGGCAUUGCUGAUAUGAACUUGCAAUUUGAUGGCUUCUCAAUCGCUGCAUUGUUCGCAUCUAUCCUCAUUGUAACAUAUAUGGUGCAAGAAGGGAAAUCUAACUGGCUUGAAGGCGCCCUUCUCAUCAACGUUUUCGUCAUUAUUUCUGUCGCGGCUUUUUUCAUUCGUUGAAUAGAUUUGGCUAGAAAAAGUGGAAUCCAACCCAUUCUAGGCUACCUUGCCCUAGCCGCAAACGCAUGCUACCCCCAUGCGUGAAAUGACCUUCGCACAGAAAGACAAGUGGGUGUCACCCAUUAAAGAU